AUGAGUACUCUGCCACCAGGAUAUCGCUUUAGGCCUACAAAUAAAGAACUUUUAGACUUUCUUAAAAAGAAGUCUAUGGACCAAACCCUGCCUUGUGACGUGUUUAUCGAGUGUGAGAUUUAUGGGGCUAACGACAAAGCCCCAUGGCAGAUUUUUACCGACGAAGAUCCGUGGGAGAUAUGCAGAACCAAAGACGAGAAGGCAAAUUUAUGGAAGACAAAAGGUACAAUCUAUGUUUUCACGAGCUUGAUCAAGGGCAGCGGAAAAAAGAGACCUAGAACAGCCGGUUGUGGCUCAUGGCACGGAGAGAGCGCUCUUGAACAAGUGUUGGAAAUUGACAAGGAUAAUAUCAGUUUGAUAGGGUACAAGAGGAUUUUGUGCUUUAAGAUUUCAAACGAAAUGGGUGCAAUCGACAGGAGUGUGACAAAAGGCCACUGGAUCAUGCAUGAGUACUCUCUACCUGAUGGUGGCGAAUGUAGUUCCAAAACCUGCAAAGCAUAUUCGAACGAAUUUGGGGAAGAAAAGAAUAUGGAUUGCCAUAUUGUUGUGGCACCAAAAACACAAACAAAAGUAGCUCCUUUCUUGGAAGAACUACUUGUGCAAGAACAGAGUUUUGCGAUGAGUAAUGAUCCAAAUGAGCUUACAGUUGAAGAAUUUGAAGCCAUUUGGGAGGAACAGGAGAAUGCAAAAACCUGGUUGAGUGCGGAGCUUCUUCCAAGCAAUCACGAGAGUGAAGGGUUCUUGUCUCCAAACUCCAUGUUUCAUGCCACAGCGGAACCAUCAUCGAUAUUCUCUUUUUCCAAUGAUUUGUUUUUGGAUCAACAGAAAAAUAACAUGUCAGAACAUCUACCCUCAAUAUGGUGGUGA